AUGAGAAAAGAAUAUGAAAGCAACAUGGACAAGCCAUUUGGCGGUAAGGUUGUAGUUCUUAGUGGUGACUUCAAACAAAUUCUAUCGGUCAUUCCAAAAGGGGGAAGACAAGACAUCGUAUCGGCUGCGGUUAAUUCUUCUGAUCUUUGGAAACAUUGUGAAAAUCCUCUUCUCGAUCUGGUUGAUUUCACAUUUCCCAAUUUGGUGCAGAAUAUGAAGAUUGACAAGUUUUUGGAGGAACGAUGCAUAUUGUGCCCUACCUUGGAAUCUGUUGAGAAUGUUAAUGAUUUCAUCCUUGAAUUUCUUCCAGGUGAUAUUGAUGAGGACACCGAAAACGAGUCAAAGUGGUUUACUAUUGAGUUCUUAAAUGAUAUUACAUGCUCUGGAAUACCGAAUCACAAAAUAACAUUGAAGGUAGGUGCUCCGAUAAUGCUUUUAAGAAAUAUAGAUCAAGCAGCCGAUUUAUGCAAUGAGACGCGACUAAUUGUGUCUGAUCUUGAAACAAAUGUUACACGUGUCACUGUACUAACACGAACUAACAAUGGAGAUGACAUUUUCAUUCCAAGAAAGGACAUGGUGCCAUCUGACUUAGGUUACCUGUUUAAGUUUGAAAGACGUCAAUUUUCGAUCAGUCUGUGUUUUGCAAUGACUAUAAAUAAAAGUAAAGGCCAGUCAUUGUCUCAUAUUGGCUUAUACCUUUUUCACCCGGUCUUCACACAUAGUCAAUUUUAUGUAGCUCUCUCAAGUGUAAGGUUAAGAAAUGAACUCAAAUUAUUAGUUAUGGAUGCAGAAGGAAAGGUGACAAACAAAACAAAGACUAUGGUUUACAAAAAAAUGUCUGACAAUAUAUGGGAUUUGUAA